AUGGCGUCCGUUUUUACAUUCAGAGCCUCGUUGACUGUAGUUGUAACUCUUGCUUCCUCCCAUUUUGCUGUGAGUAAUGGCCGGUGUUCCCAGUAUGACUCGAAUUCCUGCAAAACAGGUCAAGUUUGUUGUAUCAAUGAAUGUGUUUUCGGCUCUGACUGUCUCGGUCAUUAUUGUUCCACCGAUUCCGAUUGUGGUUUGCUAUUUUGUUGUUCGAGUCGAUGCCGCAGAUCUCACUGUAGUUACUCAUGUUCUACUGACUCAGAUUGUGAAUUCUCAGACAUUUGUUGUUAUGGAACAUGCUCGCUCGAUUCAGCCUGCAGUUAUAAUGAUGGUUAUGAUUAUACGGCCGUAACUAUCGGUUCCGUGUGUGCAGGCUUGCUCAUCUUCGCUUGUUUGGUCUCCAUAUGCUUUUACUACGCUUGCCGAAGACGCCGAACUCAAUAUAGAAGGAUGGUUGUAGAGCAGAGAGUUUCAAACACGACCGUUAGGACCACAACAAGAACUGUACCGCUGCCUAACCCACCCUACGUAGGGCAGAUACCUCCACCCUACCAUCAAGGCUACCAAUGCUAUCCCCCACCUCAGUAUGAACAACAUCAGACGGCCAUACCUCCACCAUUAUAUAACCAUGGGACAACAGUAGAAAAUGAACAACCUCCCCCUUACAGUACAGCAACACAGGAUAGAUCAGGAGGGUAUACGCAUUUUUAAAAUGGACUGUUUGGUGUUGGGUCUGUCAAAGUUUGGAACUAAUGAUGUCCUUGUCACACAUUAUUUUUCAUCUCAUGACUUGAAUAUUUUGUAUAAUUUUUAAUGCCUAGCGACAAACAGAGUCACAAGUCAUGAAAUUCAUAAGGAUCCUGACCAUUUCUUGACUUCAGUGGUUGUUAAUUCUGCUACAUAAAUUAUCAUGGUAUGGUCCAGCAGAUGUUUCAAAGACAACUGAGAUAAAAAAGUAAUAAAUUUUUAUUUUGUGUUAGUUCUAAGUUAUUGACAAUUAUUGCAUUGAUUUCAGCUUUCAUAGACAUGAAUAUCUGUGCAAAACACCCUCCUCGAUCGAUCCCAUAAAUGGUAAUAAGGGAGAUACCAGCUUUAAUCCCCAAUAUGGAAACAUAAUUGGUCACCAAAAUCCCAACAAGGGGGAUGAGGAAAUCCUGUCAGAGUGACUUUGUUGUCCUUGUGAAAGUUCAUGCAGGCUUUAUCAGCAGAGUAAUAAUAUUACUACAUUUUUUUGCCUCAUUUGACUUUGGUUAUCAAGGCGCACAUACUAAUAAUAAUAAAUAUGAUAAUAAAACAAUAAUAAAUAAUAAUAACAAGAUUUAAUAAUAAGAUUUAGCCAAGCCUAAAUGCAAAGCAUAUGUUUAUGUAUUUUAAUUUACUCAAGCUGUUUCCCUAGCGAAAGAAACUAACAUAGAUUUUCAAUGAAAUUUCGUAAACUGAUGUAACAAGUCAACAAGAAGAUGAUAAAAAUGUGUGAAAGUAGGGGUUACUAACAGCUCAUUUUUACCACACAAUGCUGAUGAAUACUGCUACUUAGGGGUCUUUGGCAAUAACUGUGGAGAGCCCAAAACUAGACAAAUGGGCAUGGCUUCUUCCUUGAUACAAUAAUUAUUGAUAUUUCACAGAAAUUGGCUUUAUUCUGUUCUUGUCCACAUGGCUUUUAUUAAGAGGCGGGCCCCCAGUUACUUUCAUGGGAAAAUAGAAGAAAAAUUGAAGCAAAAGAAAUCCCUAGCUGUCUGAUUCCCUGCCUACUUGUUUUAUUGAAUAACUUUGCAUCUGAAUGCUACAAAAAGUGAAGGCUCAGGNGGAGGGUAUACGCAUUUUUAAAAUGGACUGUUUGGUGUUGGGUCUGUCAAAGUUUGGAACUAAUGAUGUCCUUGUCACACAUUAUUUUUCAUCUCAUGACUUGAAUAUUUUGUAUAAUUUUUAAUGCCUAGCGACAAACAGAGUCACAAGUCAUGAAAUUCAUAAGGAUCCUGACCAUUUCUUGACUUCAGUGGUUGUUAAUUCUGCUACAUAAAUUAUCAUGGUAUGGUCCAGCAGAUGUUUCAAAGACAACUGAGAUAAAAAAGUAAUAAAUUUUUAUUUUGUGUUAGUUCUAAGUUAUUGACAAUUAUUGCAUUGAUUUCAGCUUUCAUAGACAUGAAUAUCUGUGCAAAACACCCUCCUCGAUCGAUCCCAUAAAUGGUAAUAAGGGAGAUACCAGCUUUAAUCCCCAAUAUGGAAACAUAAUUGGUCACCAAAAUCCCAACAAGGGGGAUGAGGAAAUCCUGUCAGAGUGACUUUGUUGUCCUUGUGAAAGUUCAUGCAGGCUUUAUCAGCAGAGUAAUAAUAUUACUACAUUUUUUUGCCUCAUUUGACUUUGGUUAUCAAGGCGCACAUACUAAUAAUAAUAAAUAUGAUAAUAAAACAAUAAUAAAUAAUAAUAACAAGAUUUAAUAAUAAGAUUUAGCCAAGCCUAAAUGCAAAGCAUAUGUUUAUGUAUUUUAAUUUACUCAAGCUGUUUCCCUAGCGAAAGAAACUAACAUAGAUUUUCAAUGAAAUUUCGUAAACUGAUGUAACAAGUCAACAAGAAGAUGAUAAAAAUGUGUGAAAGUAGGGGUUACUAACAGCUCAUUUUUACCACACAAUGCUGAUGAAUACUGCUACUUAGGGGUCUUUGGCAAUAACUGUGGAGAGCCCAAAACUAGACAAAUGGGCAUGGCUUCUUCCUUGAUACAAUAAUUAUUGAUAUUUCACAGAAAUUGGCUUUAUUCUGUUCUUGUCCACAUGGCUUUUAUUAAGAGGCGGGCCCCCAGUUACUUUCAUGGGAAAAUAGAAGAAAAAUUGAAGCAAAAGAAAUCCCUAGCUGUCUGAUUCCCUGCCUACUUGUUUUAUUGAAUAACUUUGCAUCUGAAUGCUACAAAAAGUGAAGGCUCAGGUUUUGAUGUGUGCAAUUCGGCUCAUUUUAGCUCUAUCUAGCUUUGCAAUAUAUUCAAUAAAAUGGUAAAAAAAAAACCUGAACAUAGAUUUUGCCAAUUUGGUUUUCAUUGAAAGGAGGCACUAGUCAUGAAAAUAAAAUUUAAAAAAUGGUGGUCACCAUACUCUUGUUUUGAAGUAGAGAAUCCUGUGAACAUGCUCUCCCCUGGGGUAAGGAGGAUACUAAGAAAUCACAAAGAGAUGGCAAGGAACUAGACAGAGGAAGGAAAGUGGUAGAAUGGGCUAACCCUUUCCACUCCAUUGCUGUUUUGUUUCCCGUUUUUGCAAUUUCCCCCAUCAAGAGGCCUGUAGCCUGUGUACAGACGUCCCCACUUCCUCAGAAAAAAUCGGGAAAGAGACUCUUUUUCUCUCGAUUUUUUUCUGAGGGAGGGGGGACGUCUGUACACAGGCUAGAGGCCUGCAGUGGUUGGUAUGUGCUGCCCAAUGGGGUCGUGGAUUUAGAACGGGGUAUCCAUUUCAGAGGCGUUUUCUAGAACGGGGUAUAAUAUUUCGAAUGGAUGAGAGCUCCAGUACUUCGGAUGAUUAUGAAGAAGCAUUUAUUUGGUGUAUAAGUCGAACAAAUAAAGAAAUAUCUUUUUGAAAAAACAGGGCCAUUUCAAUUAACAAACUUUCUAGAACGGAGUAUAAAAAAUUAGCCCAUUUCUAGAACGGGGUAUCAGUUUUAGGGCGAAUUCUAGAUCGGGGUAUUAAUUUUAGCGGAAAUAUUUUUUAGAACGGGGUUCCAAUUUGGAGUCCUGGGCGGCACAUACUCACCCAAAAAAUACCCAAGUGCCCCCUCCGGGGCUCGAGUCAACUGUGGCUCACCCAACAAAUUAAAUGUGUCCAGACCCAAGAAACACAAAAACCCGAUGUAAAUAGGUUUAUGGCUCCUCGAAGGCUUAAGUCAAGAUAGGAGGAAGAAAUUGCCCAAAAAGUAGGGAGGAGAUAGAGAUGGAAGAUAGGGAGGUUUACUAUCCUGUCCCUCCCCCACCAGGUCAGGAUUUUAGUCAUGACGUCGUUGUUAGCGUGAUUCGUGGAAGCCAUAUUGGACAACAUUCAAGCAAGUCGAUCCAGGAAAAGCCAUGGCUGUUUUUACAUUCCGAGCUUUGCUGAUUGUACUUUUAACUGUUAGUUCUUGUUUUUUCGCUGAGAGUUAUGGGUGGUGUUAUCGGUAUGACUCAAGUUCCUGCAGUUCAUCUGAAGUGUGUUGCAAUCAUUUUUGUAUUUCUGGUUCAAGCUGCCUCGGUCAAGUUUGUUCCGAUAAUUCCGAUUGCGCCACCUCUGAGAGUUCACUCAGUUGCUGUAGCGGUCGAUGCAGAUCUGACUGUUUGGGUUAUUCAUGUUCUAGUGACACAGAUUGUGGAUUCUAUGAGUACUGUUGUGACGGAAAGUGUUCGUACGAUUCAGUCUGUUAUGAUCCUACGGCCGUUAUCAUCGGGUCAGUGUGUGGCGUUCUCAUCUUCUCUUGUUUGCUCUCCAUGUGCUUUUACUACGCUUGCAGAAGGCGUCGAGUUCACCAUGGAAGAGUGAUUGUAGGACAGAGAGUUACAACAGCGACCGUGAGGACAACGAGAACUACACCGCAGCCUUACCCACCCUACGUGGGACAGAUACCUCCACCCUACCAACAAGGCUACCAAUACUACCCCCCACCUCAGUAUGAACAACAUCAGACGGCCGUUCCUCCACCAUACAACCCUGGGACAACUGCAACAAAUGAUCAACCUCCCCCUUAUAGUGCAGCAACACAGGGUAGAUCAGGAGGAGUUUACACUCCUAAACCGUCAUAUGGUGCAAUACAAACGCCUUCAGCUCCCCCGCCUGUCUAG